AUGGCUGAUGAGGCAAGGACGCCUCUGUUGAGCGAGGACGACUCGACAUCCUCCCGACGUCGAUCGUCCUCGACAGACAAGCAUGCAUCGACUGAAUCAACUCAACUACCUCCGCCGUUCGAGCUGUCGAAUGAAUCAACUCCCCUCCUACAUCGUCGCGACGAUGACUUGGCUGCGUACGGCGGUACCCAACACCCAAGACGUCGUUCGUCGGUAUCUCAAGUAUCUUCCAUUGGGGAAUCAUUUACCAAACAACGUGGACGCGUUCGAUGGCCGCUAUUCUGCGUUGCGCUUGCAUUGUUAGCUGUUUUGGCAAUCCUCUUGUUUGCCUUCGUCGCACCGGCCAUGGUAGAAGAGUAUGUGAAAGAGGCGGCCAUAUUCAGACCCACGAAUGUCUCAAUCGAGUCGGCGACUUCCAAUGGGAUACGAACCAGGGUGCAAGGCGACUUUACGCUUGAUGCAAAACGAGUGCACAAACGUUCGGCGCAGGCGUUAGGUCGUUUCGCGACUUGGAUUGGCAGGGAGGUCGAGACGGGGGAUUCGGAGACCCGCGUGUAUCUUCCGGAAUAUGGAAAUGUUCUUGUCGGCUCUGCGUCGCUACCCUCGAUGAAACUGGAUAUCCGGAAUAGCCACGUGAACCAUCUCGACUUCACUGCGGACGUGAUAGCGGGUGAUAUCCCCGGGAUUCGUGCCGUGGCCAUGGACUGGUUAGAAGGGAGGCUCGGUCAUCUGCGAAUCAAAGGAGCAGCAACGUUACAUCUCAAGUCAGGUAUAUUGUCCUUGGGUGAACAGACGCUUUCGGACUCCGUCACAUUAGAAGCGAGUGAUUUCCCUUCAAUUCCCGACGUUAAAAUUGCGAAAUUUAAUGUGCAUGAUGCCGACACCCCUGGUAAAAAAGGGGGUCUGGCGGUGGAUGCCUCCGUCUCUGCCCAGGUCGACUCUCCUUUCACUCUUACUGUUCCGCCCCUUGGGUUCGAGAUCCUCGUGCCAAAUUGCUCCCCAGAUGAUCCAUACAUCUCUAUAGCGGAAGUGACGACAAAAGACUUCCCUGUUAAUCCAGGGCAAGCGACUUUCAUUGACAUCUCGGGAUUUAUUCGUGGCAUCUCGGAUGAGCUUACAAAGACUUGUCCGGGAAAGAAGAAAUCUCCCCUAGACUUCUUAGUCAAGAGCUAUAUCCAAGGUCUUCGCACGACUGUCUAUGUCCGUGGGGCUGAGGUCCCUUCCCUGAAUACCCCUGACUGGGUGACGGAUAUCCUCAAGAGCGUGACCGUUCCGUUGCCCUUCACCGGACACGCCCUGGAUGAUUUAGUCCGCAAUUUCACCAUGACCGAUGUGCACUUCUCUUUGCCUGACCCUAUUGCUGAUCCAGAGUCACCGGAGUCCCAACCAAGGGUGUCUGCCUUGGUGAAGGUUCUCGUUGGAUUGCCGAAACAUGUAAACCUUCAUAUCGAUGUGCCCCGUGUUCGCGCCCUUGCCGACGUUUUCUACCACGAGAAGAAGCUUGGCGUCUUGAAGUUGCCAAAAUGGGUGCCUGCAAACUCCACUCUUCUGGAUGAUGUGGAUGGUGCUCCUGCUUUGUUCGUGGAUUUUGCUAUGAAAGACGCACCGCUUGACGUCACAGAUGAGGAUGUCUUGACUGAAAUCCUACAGACAUUGCUUUUCGAGGGCAAGUCAGUUGAGUUGUCUAUUUCGGCGAACGUCGACGCAGAAGUUGCUACAGGCCUCGGCAAGUUUGCUAUUCGAGGGAUACCGGGAGAAGGUGUUAUCAGUGUCAAACCACCGUACGGUCGUUUCCUUGACCACUUUGGUGCUCAGGUAGAAUCUUUGAAGCUAGGAGCUUCAACUGCCUCAUCCCUCACGAUAGAAACGACGCUCAACGUUACCAACCCUACAGAAUAUUCGGCUACUGUGCCAUUUGUGGACCUCAGGAUGCUUUAUAAUGCGACGAGAGUUGCCCAUGUUACAGCCCGCAAUCUUUCCAUCGUUCCAGGCGUAAACUCCGGUCUCUCUGUCGACCUUCAGUGGAGUCCAUUCGACCUAGAUGGCCAGGAUGGUGCUAAUGCCGGGCGGGAAUUGGUCUCCCAAUAUAUAUCAGGCGCCAACACCAGCGUGACUAUCCAAACUUAUGAGGGAACGUUCCCAGCGUUACCGAAGAUUGGCCAAGCACUAUCUAGACUGGGACUGGAAAUUCAGAUCCCUCGGGUGCCUGUCCCUGGAAACCCUAAUAAUGGCAAGGACCAGGGUUUCAUCCAAGAUGCUACGCUCCAUCUGUGGUCAUCGACGGCUGAAUUCACCUUAUCCUCCCCAUUCCCCAAUACGACCAUGGAGAUCACGUCAGUAGAAGCCAACGCUUCUUACCAAGAGCACGAGGAAGUGGGCAAGAUACAUUAUUAUCAGCCUUUCCAGGUCCCUCCGGGCCUUUCGCGGACUCCACGGUUACCCGUCGAACUGAACAUGACCGGCGUCGGCUAUGAUGCGGUGAAAAAGGCUCUUGGAGGCUCUUUGGAGUUGGAUGCAACAGCUAGAGUUGGUGUUCAGAUUCAGCACUACAGCGAUACUAUAUUAUAUCGCGGGAAAGGGAUCGAUUCCCGAGUUCAGCUUUGA